GGGCGGCCCCGCGCGUUUGGGAACGUUGCCGCUGCCCAGACAAAAAAUGAUCUCGGCAGCUUCCCUUUUCGCUUGAAGCCACAACCAAGAUUUAAGAUGGCGACGAAACAGACAAGUGGGACAGGGAUAGCGCUAGGAACUUGCCCAAAAGAAACAUGGCCUCCGUUCAUAACCUCACGGCUUUCAAACUGGGCCCAAAACAAAAAUGGCGACAAAGGCCAAUUUUUAAGAGCUUGUUAACGCUAUGAAUGUGAUUGACAGGUGACGAAUCUCGGUUACCCACAGUACUGAACCGCUGAAAUAAUAGAAAGGAAAACAAUAAAUAAAUAAAACGCAACAUUUCCGUGGUUCAAAGUGCUUUCGGACACCGGAAAAAUACUACCAUAAAAACCAUUAAAAAAACCCAUAAGGAUGGACAAUAAUUCUCAAUGCGGAGGAUCUCUGAAAACGCAGGAAGGGAAGUAUAGUUGGCUUUCAUAAUGCCGGAUAAAUUUAAAAAAAAAAAGUUGCCGUGGAAACAUAACUUCCUCCUUUUUUUUUUUAAUGGUAGAGAAUAAAAACGUUUCCUGGAACCAUAAAGCAGAAGAGAGAGCGCCGCGGAAAUUGUCUAAUUUGUGAAAGGCACCGAGUUAGAGAACUUCCGACGUCUCCGUAAGCCCCCCACAGGACGACCUGAAGGCAGUAGCAUUCAGCGCGACCGGCUCUCACUGCGCAUGUCCGAGCUCCAGCCCGAUCCAGGGACGUUAAAACGGUUAAUUUUUUUUUUUUUUCUCCUGGGUUUGGAGGCAGCCUCAGAGGAAGGCGGGGCUCAGCGACAAGUCAGUGGCUUUGUGAUUGGUCGAGUGCCAGAGGACGAAAAGCGCGCCUAGCAAUGGUCGGCUAUCGUUUCAUUCAGUCAACAAAUACCUCUUGGGAGCGCACCAUAAGAGCUUCGCCGAAAGCCUGGAGGAGCGGAAUCGGAGCGGGUUCGGCGCCCGCGGCAAAGCUGCGCAUGCUCCGCCUCCCAGCGCCGGGCGCGAUUUGCCGGGAUCGGCGGCGGCCACAACGUAGGGCUCGGCUGCGGCCUGCUGGCGGUGGCGCCCUGGAGAGGCAAGGCGGUUGGUGGGCAGCUUGCAGAUGUGGAGUCUAUCCUGGGAAGAGCACACAGAAGAGGACCAAGAACACUUCUGUGGUGAGGAAGAAUAGGUGCCAGCGAGUUGGUUCCAACUCAUAGCAACCCCGUCUACAGCAAGGAGACACUGCCUGGUCCUGCCCCAUCCUGACAAUGACUGUGUUUGAGCGCAUUGUUGGAGCUACUGUGUCAGUCCAUCUCGUUGAGGGUCGUCGUCUUUUUCGCUGACCCUCUACUAAGCAUGAUGUCCAUCUCAAGAGUCUGGCCACCCCUGAUAACAUGUCCAA